AUGGACCCCGCUUCCCUUUUCGAAAGCCUUAAUAUUCCGCAACGUCCACCACGUGUUAUCAAUGAGCUCGGCACCGAAACGUUCCCGAUUGUCAGACAAUACACGCGUGCCUUGUCGUAUGUCGCUAACGAUAGAACUGCACCGACACCAAUCUUCACUGUCGUCUUAAGACAUCCUCAUGGCCGAGAGGUACCAAGACUCGGAUUCUGGAGACGCGUUUGGAGGAGUGUCUACCAACUGUUUCAAUUCGUCUGCCGCGGCGAGGUUCCAUAA